GCGGCUUAGUAGUUACAUGUAGCUUUUAUGCUACAUUUUCCGGGGCAUGUUUAAGGACUAGUUUCCAUUCCAGUUCUCCAGAAGACCAGCAUUUGACUCUUGCUGCAAUGCCAAAUAACAGAGAGGAGGCUGUUGAGGACACGCCCACCGACGUGCCUGCUCUUGAGAAGCUUGACUCUCCAACAGGGAGCCCACCCAAUACUGCCUCAUUAUCCAGUCUGAUGGAGCUGGGAAAUUGUGUUUCCAACCUGAGCCUGGCACAUGAGAUAGUGGUGAACAGAGACUUCUGCUUCAAGCCCAAAAGCCCACCCACAGACAGCCUGGAGGGGAGGGUGACAGAGAUAGUGCACCGAGCAUUUUGGGACAGUCUUCGGGAGCAGCUCAACAGCAAUCCUCCAAACUACAGCCAUGCUAUCACUCUGCUCCAAGAGGUCAAGACUAUGCUGCAGUCCCUGCUCCUGCCUGGCCAUGUCAGACUGAGGUCACAGCUGGACGAGGUGCUGGACAUGGAGUUGAUCCAACAGGGGGCCGCUCACGGCGCUCUGGAUCUCUACAGACUGGCAGAGUACAUCAUCAACACCAUGGGCUCCUUGUGUGCUCCUGUACGCGACCCAGAGAUCAGGGCACUGAGGGCUCUAACUGAGCCUGCGGAGCUGCUCAGGGAGAUCUUCCGUGUCCUGGGGCUGAUGAAGACUGAUAUGGUCAACUUCACCAUCCAGAGCUUGAGGCCUCAUCUGCUGCAGCAGGCUGCGCAGUAUGAGAGGGCCAAAUUCCAGCAGAUUCUGGACAAGCAGCCAGCUUCUCUGGACAAUGCUACAGCUUGGCUUCAGGCAGCAGCGUCAGAGGAGGCGUCAGUCAUCAGAGCCCUGUCUGAGUCUGGUACAGAGUCCUCCAAAACUGUCAGCCCCUCUGCUGUCCUCUACCGGGCCUACAUGCGUCUGCUCCGCUGGGACCCACAAGACCAGAAAUAUCCUGAGACUGUGUUGAUGGAUCGAGCCCGUUUGGACGUGCUGGCCCAGCAGCUCAGGAUUCUGGUGCUGGAGGCGUCGGUGCUGCUGCUGACCAGCACUCAGUGUGGUGGUGCCAUUUUCUCCCUGCAGGGGUUUGUAGGUAAACUCAAGCAGUCCAUCACUGCCCUGCUGGAGGGUAGUCACACCAGGGAAGCUGACCUGAAAGAGGCACUGCUGGGACUUGGGGAGCAAGUACUUGUGCAGGUGAAGGAAGCACUGACUACUCUGGGGGAGCCUCCGCUACGUCAAGACAGCCAGGACCAGCUGAGGGGACAGAUAUCCGACCUGUGGAAGGACAACAACCCCAUCUGCAUGCUCAUAGGAGACAGAGUGCAGGGCUUCCUCCAGGCCAUGCUGGAGGGCGGCCCCGCUAAAAGGAGUCCAGAGCUGCCUGCUAGCCUCCGGCUGCUGAGUGCUGAGCUGGCCGAGUUGGGGACGGCCUUUGGGCGAAUCGUCCACUUCAACCGCACAGUCUUCGGUCCUUUCUACGCCCCCAUCCUUAAGAAGUUACUGUUCCCAGCAGGAGAGGCAGAGACGGGCGACGACUCGCGUUAAACCUCACUGAUUGGACCACCAGUCACCUUUAUAAGCUUGGAUUGGGCAUUGGACUUGUAACUGUUGUAUGUAAAUACAGUAACUGAUAGCAUUAAAAUGUAAUGUAAAAAUGUAAAACAAAUUAAUCAUAUGCAAUGAAAUUAUCAACAUUAGGCACUUGAACUCUCAUUGUAGUGUGUUGCAAAAUUAGAUAUAGUAAGAUUUUUUUUUUAACUAGUUGAAGGCUGUAGGUUAAGCACCAUAAGCCAGUGCAUUCAGUUAGGGUCCAAAGUGUCAGUGUUACACAAAACCUUAGAGGAACCUCUGUUAUCUUUAAAUAUGAAUGUGUGCUACUUACAGCCUGUAGAUAAAUGCAAUUUGGGAUCACUCGCCUGUAAACUUUAAAACUCACUUGCAUGGCUCAUCAUCUGAAACCUUUACUUAGAGAAAUGAGUUUUUUAAGAUACUAUGUGUGGAUUUUAACAGAAUGUUUCACAGUUACUGUGAUACAUGAUUGUGGCUCUUGUAAGCAGCGUUCUAUUGGCAGAUUGAGUUUUCUCCCCUCUCUGUUGCUUUUUUAAGAGUCUUUGGCAGUCUACAGAGGGAAUGACAAUAUUUUGAUAAAUAUACAGCCAGAAUAGCCAUGUUCAGUCCAAAUGAAAGUGUGUGGCAGAUACACGUUUUUGAAACAUUACAAUGUAUUAACCACAGAUUUGAGUGCACAAAACAUUACAAGCAUCUUUAUAAAGUUUAGCCCUUUUGAGCGCAAUCCAUUUCUUGUUUCUGGAAAUUUUGGAUUCACCUGGCCAGUUCCUUUCAUGGAGAGAACAGGAGCUGCUAAUAUUUUGUACACAUUUAGUAAUAAAAUCCUGUGAGUCACCUUUAGCUGGAGGAAAUACUAGCACAAACCAGAAAUUGAUUUUGAUUUUGAAAUGCAGUUUUUGUGAUGCUAAAAGUAUUGUUUCCCUUAUCAUAUCUUUUGCCAGAACUGCUGUCUGGUAUUCUCUCCUGCUUCAGCAUAAAUCAUGUAAAAAGUUUGGAAUACUUAUUUGUUAGUGUCACUUGCUGUGUUCAGUCACUCUCAGGAUAAUGAACCUCAGGAAAAAUGCCAAAGCAAAGCACCAAAGAAAAUACACAAAUAUUUCAUUUGCAAAUAAUACUAUGAUAGUUGAAUAUGUAGCUGAUUCGAUUUUAUUUCUUUCUCCAUCAUCUUUAUGUUAACAGUGUAUUUAACUGCCACUUUAAGAUGUCUGACUUAUAGCACACACCAAUAAUGUGCACUUUUGAAGAUAAACCAAAAAUAUACUGUAUAUAUAUAUAUAUGAAAGUAUUCACAUGGUCUCCUUACACUUUAAGUCCUUAUCAGUGUGUAAUGUCUCCUCCUUU